UCCCCACCGCACCCACCCUCCCUUCUCUCUCCAUCAUUACAUUCUUGAUUUCAUUGUCAUUUGCUCUCUCUCUAUUCCUUUAGUCCUUAUAUAUCCAUUCAGGUACUUCAUUUCCUCACCACAUUAAUUCAACACUCAAAAACCACCUCCCUAUCCACUAACAAGUCGAAAAAUGUUGCGCUGCGCACAAUCCACCACCUUGUCGCCUGAGAAAUGCUCGGUCCUGGGCAUGGACAUCGACAUCGACAUCAGCGUCCUCGAAAGACAAAAGGCUCUCUUACAACGCGUUUAUCAGCAGCAACAAGUACAAUAUUUGCAACCUCAAGAAGCUAACAUGAAUCCUUUGUUUCACCAAAAUAUGUCGAAUAUGCUGCUGGCGAAAUAUCAGGAAUGUUUGGAUGAAACCAAUUUGCCGAGUUUUCCUACGUUUGGAAGAGGAUUUGCCUGUCCUGAACUCACAAGUGGUUCCCAUUCAGCCAUUUCUAAUAACUCGUCAAUGACAAAACACGAUCAUCAGAUCAGUAGCAAAAGAGAUCGAACUGUCUCCAAUAAUACCAGGAAACGAAAAGCAGAGUUUGAUGUUGAAGAUGAUUGUAAGGACAAGGGGACUGAAAGAGAAGCAGGAGAGGUUCAAUCAGAGAUCACAGUGAAAACUGAUAGGGAAACUUCAACUAAUAAUUCUUCGAAGGAAAGCGUCCAAAAGCCAGACUAUAUCCACGUCAGGGCACGUCGUGGACAGGCCACUGACAGCCACAGCUUAGCCGAAAGAGCAAGGAGGGAGAAAAUCAGCAAGAAAAUGAAGUAUCUGCAGGAUUUAGUCCCUGGUUGUCACAAAGUGACUGGCAAGGCUGGAAUGCUUGAUGAAAUCAUCAACUAUGUUCAGUCAUUACAGAAACAAGUCGAGUUCCUUUCGAUGAAACUGGCUGCUUUAAAUCCGAGGCUCGACUUUAGCAUCGAUGAUUUCUUCCCAAAAGAGAUUCCUGCAUACAUUGCCAGUUUUCCGAUGCAAUUACAAGUCCCAAAUCCAUCAAGCUUACAGUAUAAUCAACUGCAACAAGGAGCCAUAAGUUGUGGGGUUGAUAUAGCAAUGAAUCCAUCUCAGUUGUUGCCUCAAAAAGAAGGAAGCUCUUCUGUGCCUAUUACAGAAGUAUAUCAUGAUUCUUCUUCUGGACAUCAAGCACAAGUGCUGCCAACUUGGGAUUCUGAAUGGCAAAAUCUUUUCAAUGUUGGCUUUCAUUAGUUAUGAAGAAUUAAUUGCUUAAGCAAAUAAUUGAGUGCAAAUGGUCCCGGGAUCUUGAAUAGUGAUUGAUAUAGAGGGUACAAGAGAACCAUUAGUGCUAGCCUGGCAGUUAAAGAUCACAAUCUCAAGAUGAAGCACAUAAUUUUUGGACAAGAAUAUAAUAACUACUGGAGCUAUAGGGAUUCUUUUUUCUUAUUGACAAAUCAUAAAGAUCUAUGUAUUUAAUUACUCAAUUCAUAUGGUACAAAAAUCAUUUGUUGUAAAGGUAUUGACUUGAUUUACAAAUGUUUAUAAUAUGUUUUGAAAGACAGGCACUCUUAUUGGGGCGGAUGGGAGUGGCAUGUCCGACAUGUAUUUCGUCGAGUCGAAUAUUGACACACAUCCCAUCAUCUGGGACAUGUAUCUAACAAGCUAUGUGAAGCAUCCUAUUUCAUAUAUAAUCUAUAGACUUUUGACA